UUAUGAGUAACAGCGCCAUGGUUGCAGUCGCCAUUUGUUGCAUACUGGUCCUGCUGGCCGUCUUCAUUGUGAUCAUCAUAGUCGUUGGUCAGACGAUGGGUGAGCCCAAGUGAGAUAAACUUCAACUGGGACCCGGAAAUUUCCCAGAUGGAUAACAAAGGCCCUCGACGAAUUGUUAGUUGUUACCGAAUAUCCAAAUGCAAUUAUUGACCACAGCAAUCGAGCGCGCAGCCACAUUGCAAAAUGUAUCAAAAAGAAUCACCAUCGAUGACCGACGAGUGCCAUUGAUGCCCCCAUUUGUCAGACAGAGCCGUAAGCAACAACAGCAACAACACUCUCAGCAUCAUCAUCAUCAUCAUCAUCAACAAUAUCAAACUAAUAUGCAAAAACAUCAAAUACAAACUAAACGCCAUGCCCAAUCUGCAACAAUGUUGCUAGCAACAUCAUCACAACAAGCAAUCGUUUGCUACAUGCGCUCCAUAUGUGCACCAUUGGAUCCAUCGUCAGAACAAAAAAGUGGCUGUGAUGAGGAAUUACAGAGACAUACGAAAUUUAUGAAUAAACAUAUUUGAAAUUAGAAAAUAUUAAUCCAAAAAAAAAAAUCGGGAAAAUUCAGUGCAGAAAAAAUACUCAUUGGAAAGUCAAUCACUAGUUGCAAAAACCAAAAAAAAACAACAAAUUUUAUACAAAAAUCAUUGAUUAUCAAAUAUAUGUAGUAUGUAUAUGUAGUAGUGAAAUAAAAGGUAUUAAGUGGUUGUAGUGUUUUGAUAAAAAUUGUUACAAUUUUCGGGUUUUAAAGAACAAGUAAAUUUUUAAACAAGAAAGACGACAGUUGAAAAGCGUUUGAUCUAAAUUAUUUAUAUAUGCGCAUAUAUAAAUGUUGCAUUUUUAUAUACAAAAUAAAACGCUGCAGCAUCGCAUCUCUAAAAUCGAAAUUGCCGCACCAACUUUCACAAAAACUUUCGCUGUCAGAAGUAGAAGGAAAACAGCAAGCCUUCAAGUGACAAGCAUAAACAUUGCAUUUCUCCGAAAUUAAUGAACGGCAAAGAGUUGCGCAUACGAAUGAAACUAACAGCUUAAGAUCGUGGAAAAUGUGCAAUGUUCAAAUGAGUGCGCAGUCAACCGAGGCCGAAUUGCAGUGCAUCGAAUUGGGCAGCGUCUGCUACAAACGCAAAAAACGCAAAAAAAAAAUGAAGAAGAACUGAGUGAUAAAAAGAAGAAUAUGCCGCAAUAGCGAUAGCGUGAGUGGAAACUCAAAGACAAUUCAACUUUCGAAAUCUGACAGACAAACAAAAAGUACUUCAUUUAAUAAAAGAAAUGCACACAUACAUAUGUACAUGUUCAACUGAAUCUUCAUAGAUGAAAUUCCACUUGAUUAAAUUGUUUACAUGCAAAUCAAACGCAAACUAGACAACAAUUUUCAACAUAGAAUUCCCACUCUCAUCCUGCAAUAAGCAGUUAGUACGACAUUUUCAAUCGAAACGCCAAUCCUUAUGCCAGCUUUUAUUUUCAUUGGGAGAAAGUUAUUAAACAUUCGGUCGUUAACGGAAGCAAUUUUUAGGUUUUCAAUAAAAGUUCAAAGCAGAUCAAUUCUGAAACUCAAUAACCAAACAAACAGCCAUAAAAAAGCAGGCCAGUUGUGUACAAAAAUGCUAGAAACAUUUUAUAAUAAUUUUUAUAAGUUUUAAAAAAUGCAAUAAUUGUAAAUGAUAACUAAUAAAAUAAACCAAAUUCUCAACAAAAAAUAAAUAAAUAAAUAGAAAAAUAACAAAAUCAUCACAUACUAAAUAGUUAACCAAACUCAAGCAAGUAUAAUUGCGGAAAUACAUGCACACAUACAUACAUUGUACUAAAAGCAAGUUAGUAAACAGUUUCCAGUUGAAAAAUUAACUACUAGUUAGUUGGUUCAGUGUUUUUCAAGUACAAACAAACAAAUACUUGCCUUUAAUGAGUUGACUGAUACAACAUGUCGUAUACGUAACGCAGUCAUUUACAUUUUAGCUGAUUUUAUGCGUUAUUGUAGU